AUGCACGCGGGAUGUCACAUUAAAUUGCCGCGGGAGAUUGUGACGAAGAGAGCGGUGGUUAACUUACAAUCUAAAGACAAUGCGUGUUUCGAGUGGGCAGUGGUCGCCGUUCUAUUCCCCGUCGAAAGGAACGCGGAACGGGAAUCAUCGUAUCCGCAUUACGUGACAGUGCUGAAUCUUCGGGACACUGAGUUUCCAGUGACUGUAAAUCAAAUUAAAAAGUUUGAACUUGCAAACAGUAUCUCGAUCAACGUGUACGACAUCGAAGACAAGAACAGCAUUGUCCUGAUACGUCUUUCGGAGCAGAAGCGAGAUAAGCAUGUGAAUCUGCUAUACGUGGAAGACGACAACAGCGUCGGACAUUUCGCGUGGAUCAAGAAUCUAUCGCGACUUGUCGGUUCACAGUUGAGCAAAAAAGAUCAUAGGAAAUAUAUCUGCGAUCGAUCCCUGCAUUAUUUUAAUUCAGAAGACAAGUUACAGUUACAUGCUGUCGACUGCGGGGAGAUGAACGACUGCGCUAUCCGGUUGCCGAGUGAUAAGGACAAGUGGCUCGAGUUCAACAACUACAACAGGAAAGAGCGGCUUCCAUUUGUGAUCUAUGCCGAUUUGGAAUGCGUUCUGGCCAAGACGGAGGAAGAACAACAAAAACUGUACCAACAUCAUCAAGUAUUUAGCAUAGCUUACUAUGUACAUUGUACGACGAAUCUUUAUCUGCGUAUCAUUCACGUCGUAGCGCCGAUUGUAUAG